AUGGUAGCUGCCCUGGUCCACCGUUUCCCGCCGUUGCGCCGCCUCUGGUUCUCGUCAUCUAGAUCCUGGUUAGCUGCCGUCGGGGCCAUCGCCGCCGCCCCUUCUCCCCUCUCGCGGGCGUUCUCUACGUUCCCUAGCUCGGCGGCAUCCGCUCCGACGAUGCCGGGAGUCGAGAAGGAACCCGUGGGGGAGGAGGCAGUGGAAUGGCCGGCGGCCAAGGUGAGGCAGACAUUUAUCGACUUCUUCGUCGGCAAGGGCCACAUCAACUGGAAGUCCAGCCCCGUGGUUCCCCUCGACGAUCCUACUCUCCUCUUUGCCAACGCAGGUGAGUCUAAUUUUCGGCGCCGGAUUAAUAUCCUGCUUCCUUUUGUGGAGUGUCUCUAUGGAGUUUUCCCUCAGGGAUGAACCAAUUCAAGCCCAUAUUCUUGGGGACGGUGGACCCCACCAAUCCGCUGGGGAAGCUGGUGAGGGCGUGCAACUCGCAGAAGUGCAUCCGCGCGGGAGGGAAGCACAAUGACCUCGAUGAUGUUGGGAAGGACACGUACCACCAUACCUUCUUCGAGAUGCUUGGAAAUUGGUCAUUCGGGGACUACUUCAAGAGGGAGGUCAUCGACUGGGCCUGGGAGCUCCUUACCGAGGUCGGUUUUGACUAUCGCUGUCAUUAAUUUUUUUUCAUUGUUGUAGAAAAAGAGGGCUGUUUUAGGUAGUUUGAACUUGGCUCGUCUCUUCAGAGUCGGUAGAUUCUAUUCAUAUUUUGAUUAGAUGUUUUCUGUUGGAUUCUCGAACAGUAACCAAGAAUUUUUAUUCACAUUUAAUAUUUUCUUUACAGAGGGCAAAUAUUUUUUUUACGCCCGCGUGAUGUCCAUUUUUUUCAGAGUUAAUCUUUUCUUUGAGCAGUUUGACGAGACUGAAAAUUCUUUCACGAUAUGAUGUCAUAAAUAGUUAAUUUUUCUAGUCACAGGUCAGAAAAAAACAAAAAAGUAUCCAUUUGCAGAAAGAGACUACAGAAAGUUAAUUUUUUAAAGAGGAGACUCCACAUACUUUCGCAAACGAAAAUGAAUUCUUUCCCUACUUCUUGCUGAAACUUUGGAGGAUCAGUGUUACAGUACUCAUGAUAUUCGUCAUUUUUCGUGAUGCUGUUUUACUAUUAUUCGAUCACACUUACAGGUUUAUAAGUUACCAAAGGAUCGGAUUUAUGCUACAUACUUUGGUGGGGAUGAAAAGGCUGGUCUUUCGCCUGAUUUUGAAGCUAGAGACAAAUGGCUGAGCGUCUUGCCAGCAGGGCAUGUUCUGCCUUUUGGUUGCAAAGUAAGUGGUCAUAUUUUGCCUGCUCUGUUUGUAAACUCUAACAGUUAAAUAUUAAAAUAAUAAUUAAACCGUGCUAGAUCAGGAAGAUGAUUAUUGAUCUUACUAUUUUUAGGUUUCAGUUAUAUUUUAUUUUAAUCUGAAGAGAAGUAUUGUAUCAUUGAGCUGGUUCUGAAUCUCAGAACGUUAAAAAAAAUGGAGUUUUGGGCAUGCUCAGCUCCUGUUGCUCUGUAGGCUUUUGAUUUUCAUGUAUAAAUAAAUUAUCUAACUUAUGAUCAUCUCCUACUUCUGUAGGCUCCUAUCACUCUGUAGGCUUUGAAUGUUCAUUUAUAAAUCAAUUAUCCACAAUAAUAUUUGUAUCCCUAGUGAAAUUGUCUGUUAAAAUGUCUUUUUUAGCAAAAUGAUCAUUCACUUCCGUGGGGCUUCUGAAUAAUAUCAUGCACUGUCUCAUUGAGGCAGCCCUUGAUUUAUUUCUAACCUGAACGUUAAUUUUUUUUUUCAAAAGUAUCCAUAAAUUGGGUGUUGUCAUUUGUAUUUACUGAUUUGGCAUGUGGUGUCUUGUGCUCUUCUCUCUUGCUGACCAAAUGAUGAGAAAUGAAUAAUAGAAAGAGGAGGAGACUGUUGGUUUUAAUAGAUAAGAAAUAGUCUCAGAGUUGCAUUCAAACCUGUUGGUUUGAAAGGAUCAGAAGAUGAGUUGGUUAUUAAGAUAAGAGAGAGAACAUGUGUCUCAGAGUAAGCUCAAGGAAGAAAAACCUUGGUGAGGUAAUCCUCGGUGAUUUUGAACUAUUCAGGUUAAUGGUUUCUAAAUGUAUCAGAGAAAGUAGCCUAAUGCUGAAAUUAGCGACCUUGUGAGAAGAAAAUCAAACAUAUGAGUUUAGCUAUAUAAAUUAGAGCAGUAACCAUAUAUAAAGUUGCAAGUGGACUAAGUGGUUCCAGAAAAGCCGUUUUCUUAGAAUUUUUGGUAUCUGAGUCCUUGAUAAUGUUUGAUUGAUGGUGGGAUUUGGAGUAGAUUGAACAUUACUUUUAACCCUGAUAUUUUUUUUCAUCAGGCUUUCAUUUAAUAGAACAUACUCUUUAUAUUGGUUUUAACCUUUUAGUGUCAACCAGGACAACUUCUGGGAAAUGGGUGAUACUGGUCCUUGUGGCCCUUGUACUGAGAUUCAUUUUGAUCGCAUCGGUAACCGUGAUGCUGCUUCUCUGGUCAACAAUGAUGAUCCCACAUGCAUUGAAAUAUGGAACCUUGUAUUUAUUCAGGUACAACUAUCUAACAGUGCCUUUUUCCUUGGUGUUGAUUCUUUAUAACGGUUGAGGAACGAAAUCGUGGUGUCCUUCUCUGGCGUUUGGUAGUUCCUUAAUUUUUGUUCUGGGUCUAAUGUAUUGAUUUCUUUGCAGUUCAAUAGAGAAAGUGAUGGCAGUUUGAAACCGUUACCUGCGAAACAUGUUGAUACUGGCAUGGGUUUUGAACGCUUGACUUCAAUUCUUCAAAAAAAGAUGAGCAAUUACGACACCGAUAUUUUCAUGCCCAUAUUCAAUGCUAUCCAACAAGUAUGUCUCAUAUAUUAUGGGGAGCCCUUUUUCGAAUGUGUAAAUACUUAUUGUGUCAUUGGUGCUGGAGCCUCUGGAUCCAAUUCGGUUGUUACCUUGUUGGUGACUCCAUUUUUUGUGUUUUUUCUAGGUUACCGGUUUCCCUCAGGAGUACUCUGGAAAAGUUGGAGAAGAUGAUGUAGGGAAAGUGGACAUGGCUUACAGGGUAGUGGCUGAUCACAUCAGGACUCUUUCAUUCGCCAUUGCUGAUGGCUCUCGUCCAGGUGAAGGAUUACAGAUUUGCUGAUAUAGAUUUCAACAACAUGUCACUGGUUAGGCCUUAUUAUUUUUUAUGUAUUUAUUUGUGGAAUUAUAGGUAAUCAAUUUAUAUAUGGUCUUGGAUCUUAAAAUUUAUUUUUAAUAUGUUGAUAAAUCGAUCUUUCUUCAAUCAAAUCCUGUACUCAGUGGGUUCAGAAUUCUCAAACUGUAAACUUCAAAUAUGUCGCCUCUUGGAAGUAAUAUUAUUUAUUGACGUCCACUUUUGACAAUCUGCUUUAUAGGCAAUGAGGGUCGGGAGUAUGUGCUCAGACGCAUCCUUCGGAGGGCUGUUCGCUACGGUAGGGAUAUCUUAAAAGCUGAUGAAGGAUUUUUCAGUAGGUAUACACCAUUUUCUACAAAGUACCGCAUGGAAAUCUAGGUCUAAUGUCAUUGCUGUUGUAGUGGAAUUUUUAAACUUUGGAUGGUUCUCUCCAGUCUUGUAGGUCUUGUGGUCAAUGUGAUGGGGGAUUUCUUUCCAGAACUCAAGCAACAUGAGUCAAAGAUAAGAGACAUCAUUUCUGAAGAGGAAGCAAGUUUUGGGAGGACAAUUCUGAAGGUAUUUUAGAUGAUCCGCUUGCCUUGUUUCUGUCUAUGUCGUCACUUAUCCUCAGUUUGAAAGAAAACCGUCUUUUUUGUUUUUAUACUUAUUGAAGGAGUUUUCAUUAGGAUCCAUUGUUUCUUGCUUGUUUGAUCUGAAAAAUGUUUUUGCACUUGAAUCACGUGAGGCUUUGAAAUGUUAAAAAUAUUAUCAAAUGAGUAAACUAAUAUUCUAGUUAUUGCUUAUUCAUUUUUUUGUAGUCUGGAAUUUUAGAGACAUAAACAUGAAUGCCAGGUGACAGUAUGGACUGAUACUGGGCGUUACGUGUUCCACGACAGGAUAUAAGGACAUUAAAAGGGACAUAAUAUAAGAAAAGUAAAGUUUAGAGAUAAAUGGAGAAGAUGGAUGUUGGAUUUAGAAAAUAGAAGAUUUUGUGUUCUCAUGACUUCAACUAUUGGCAAGUUUCGUUUUGUUGGCCAUUCACAUAACAAGAAUGUUGUAUCUGAAACUCCUAGAUGCCAGUCUUAGGAUGUAGGACGUGUUCGACAUGUCAUGAUUAACGAUUCAGAAAUAUCCUUAAAUUACCGGCUUUAUAACUUCCUUUUGCAAUGUUUGAAAUGGCUGUGAAUUAUUUCAUUAGCUAUAUUGUGACAUAAACAUUCUAUUAUUGCAGGGAAUUGACAAGUUCAAGAAGGCUGCCCAGGAGGUUCAGGAGAAAAAGUUGAGUGGGCAGGUAAAAACUGAAAAGCACCUAUAUUUGUUUAAUCUUUGCCUUAUCUAUAUGUGACAUUCUAUUUUAGAGCACACGCUCACGUGCUAGGUCAAUAAAUGAUCACGUGUGUUACAAAAAAUAGUAUCUGUAGUAUAUCUUUUCGCAAUUCUGAUUAUCAUCUUGCACACAGCUAAACCUUGCCAUGAAGAGAGGUACUCUUACCAAUGUAUAAAGCUGUAAUUUUUUACAGGAGUUAUGAUUCCCCAUAUGUACGUCACUAGUGAGCCCCCUGAAUUGAGUGUGAUCGAAUGAGUUAGGUGCUGAAUUGUCUAGUAUUCGGCUGAUUUGAAUUUGAUUUGUGAAAUCCACCCAUUCAUUACCAAUCAUCCCAGACUGUCUGGCCCAGGUGACUAGCCUGACUGGGUUUAGGAAGGUUUGGAUUAGUCAAAUCAGUUAUCCGAUCUGGGAUGGCUGAUUCGACCACCAAAUCGGAUUCUGGAUACCAUGGCUGGCCUUUCCCAACAGAAUGGUCCGUAAUGCUCGUGAUUAAAUUUCCUGCUAAAAAAAAUGUUAUUAGAUUUCGGCAAAGACGUGGCCAUGAAUCAGCACAUUCGAAAUUUGACUUGUUAACUACUUUCUAAACUGAAAUAUGCUAAUGUAUGGAUAAUAACACGGAUUAUAUGCUUUUAGAUUAUGAUUUAUGUUUGUCCUUUUGCCAACGUGAUAAUAACUCAAAUUAGUUCCCUCGUAAUUUUUGCUUAAUUCAUUAACUGCCCUUAAAUAUCCUUGAACCAGAAGACAUAUAUGCAUGAAUAGUAACGUGAAUUUUAGCUAUGUAUUAACUACUUCAUUUCUUUCCACAUCUUUAUCCAAUUAAUGGAGAUUUCUAGCAUACCUAAAAUAUUGAACGGGAAAAAAGUUCCACCGCAACUGGAAGAAAAUGCAAGUUUGUCAAGAAAAGCAUAUGAUUCUGUAAAAUGUCAGCAUGUCAUGCAGGUAGAUUACAAAGAUAAGUGGAAACACUGUAGAUAGAAGACGAAAAACCCUUUUUCUGACAGACACAAACUUCUCUGAUAACAAUGUAUCUGGAAAAAAAAUUUAGUCCCUAGGAAAUUUCAUUAAAUCUUGAAUACUGUCACGUGGAUAUGGCAUGGAGUUUAUGAGGUGAUUACCAGGAGAAAAUACAUGUAUUGGACAUGUCCUAAAAAUAGAACGUACACAUCUAGCUGAAAAUCAUCGUAAAACAUGAAAGCCUCCCGACUAUUGAUCAUGCACACUCCCGAGCAUUCCCUUUAAAGUAAAUAACAUACUACAUAUCCAACUUGAAAAGAAAGUAAUUAGACUAUACAAUUGACAAGUAUGGAGUCUAAAGAUGUUGAAAUCGUCAAACAUUGUGACUUUUAUAACAAAAUGUGUGAGAUAAUAGCGAGUUAUCUUUACAUGCUGUCUACGUGAAAAAUUUAAUGAAAAUAUAACCCUAAAAUGAUACGGUGUUGGUCAUAACGAAGCAAAAGUGGGUUCAUAGCGCAGAAACGGAUGAAAAUCAAGUGGAAAGGAUAAUGCUUAUGGGUUUUUAUGCUACUCUGUAUUGAUCGGAUUUAAUCAGAAGGCAGUUUUUUAAGAUCUGCUAAGUAGGCCUAUCAGAGUAUGCAUCUGAGUCAUGCUGCUGAAGGUCCUUGCUUGCUGCUUUUCCUAGGUGCUGUGGUCGCUAGGUAUCUUAGCUCUUGGUUGAUGGACUACUGGACAAGAACUGCCAUUAACACUGAAUUCGAACCCUAUGUAUUUUUCCCCUUCUUUUUCAUACUUACCUUUUGUGAUAUCGUAUUAUGCCCCACCGCUGUUACCUUUUCUGCCAGAACAUAAUAGUCUAUAAAAUUUGGUACUCACAGAUAAUUCAGUAUCUUGUGCCUUUGGAUCUGUGUGUUGAGUCUUGGUCUCUAUGACUGGAUAAUCUUGCCUCUUCUUAGUUUUGUAUCGCUCAUAUUACAUGGGAAUACUGGGAAUUAUCCACUGGGGAGGUGACAUUAAUCGAACAUACAAUAUAGCGAGGAUUAGUGUAGUGACUUCUGAAUUUUCAAGGUUUUAACAUUCUUACACUUCUUGAUUUUAAAAUACUGAAAACACUAGUAUCUGGCAUACCAGAUGAAAAUUUUCCUAAGUGUUGCUUACUGUGUACAAGCAAUAUCUUUUAAAUGUUGUAACUUGGCUGUGCUCUUUGUUGUAGUACUACUUCGCUGUCCCUUCACUGUCCAUUCUGUGUGCGCUUGCCUGCUCGUGUGCUUACUUAAUCUCAUCAUUUUAUCUUAAUGCAGGAUGCUUUUGUAUUAUGGGAUACGUAUGGGUUUCCUAUUGAUUUGACUCAGGUCUGUACAGUAAAAAGAUGCUUCACAUUGUAUGAUUUUAUUUUGUGUUUCUGUAAGGUAAAGUGUUGUUUUUUUCCCCUUUACCAGCUAAUGGCAGAAGAAAGAGGCUUAACUGUUGAUAUCGAUGGUUAUAAUGUUGCUAUGGAGGAAGCAAGGCAGAAAGCGAGAAGUGCUCGCAAUAGGGUACUCUAUAAUGCUAUUCUCCGAUUUCUUUUUAUGGGAUGUUUUAUAUUUCACUGUGAAUCAUCAUUGCACCGGAUUCUUAUUUCUGUAACAAAUAUUCCCUCUAUAAAGAUUGUAAAUUGUUUUCAGGAAUGUUAGAUUGCAGUUUUGUACGAGGUUGGAGUCAAGCACGUUAAAUCCUUACUGAAAUUGAUAUUGAUUGCAAUUGAAACAGCUAUGGAACGCUUCAAAAGUUGAUCAAGUGAGUUGUAGAACAUGGUCAGAAAAAAAGAGAACUUUGUUCUAUAUCCACUGAAUUUGGGUGAGAAUAGGGGGGAUCCGCAAUCUUACUUCAGGGGGAGUGGGGGGAGGGUGUUGAUCCGGACUCUGUAUGAAAUGAAAUCAAAUGGCGUUGGUGGAGGUCGACUUACCUCACUUUGAUUAAUUAAUUGUGGCAGAUGCCUUAUGAAAACCCCCCUGGUCGCUUUUGUGGCUGAAGCAAAUUUUGUCCUCUGAUGUAGGAAGAUGAGGACAGUAGGAUCUGUUGUAGAAGGGAAAUAUUUGGAAAAAGAAAAGAAAAAGGAUUCAACCUUGCCAUCUCUCUCACACCUAUCGCCAAGAAACAGCAUCUCCCUCCCAUCCACCUGCCACCACCCAUAUUGAACGUGCUUCCUGCAAAUGCCUAGUUUAAAAAGAUCAAUUAGUUAUUUUUUCUGAAUCAACAAAUGUAAAAAAUAUGGUUUACAAAUUUUGAUGUAUGCUAUUUUAAUUAACGGAGCCUGUCUUAUGGUCUGUUUGUCUGUUCAAAUGCUUGUGAUACGAUCCUCCUUGAAAGGAUCGGAUCUGAGUGUAUCCGGAGAGAAACAAUUGUAUUGAUUCUCGAAAUUGGGACAAUGUUUGACGGAUGACAGUUCUACCGGAAUACAAGAAAAAAUAAGAGAGAAAGAAGAGUAAAAGUGGUGGGGAAUGGAUUCGAGAGGAUUCCCCUGCCUCUCCUGGCUCCGACUGUUCUCCUCUUGAUAUGAACACCCCCCCCCCCCCGAGCUGUAUCUAUAGUCCUCACACGUGCUGUGCACAUGUUCCCUUCUUAUGCCUUCUAUAUGUCAAUAAUGCGGUCGUAUCAGCUUGCAGAUCAAAUAAUUACUCUUUGUUCACUUAGUCAAAUUAUGUUCACCUUCCUUUUCUUGAAGCCUUACGAUUUAUUGGUUGCAAAGUGCCAUCCGUGUUUUUGACGUGAACCUCAUUUUGGUUGAAAAUUUGGUUAUUCUGGACUACUUUUCAAUUUUUGAAAAAAUAUUUGUUUCAGCAAAGAUAGGGGUUAGUUCUAAAAAUAGAAAUUAGUGGGGUAUCACAAUACUAUAAGUGUUGAUUAAUAACAUGCUAAUUAUUUAGUAAAAAGAGCACUAAUUAUCAUCUUUUAUGAGUUUAGAAUGUAUAAUUUAGCAUGUUAUCAUAUCAGAAUUACAUAAUUCAUAUUCUACACGUUUUUUUGAAAGGGGUCCUAUUUUAUAAUUUUUUUCCAAAUUUUUAUGACAUCGUUUAAUCCAGUUUUGGCUUUCUACAAGUCAAAAGGGUUGAUUUCGGAAUUCAUAAGCUUUUCUACAUGCUCCCUUGGAACGGAGUGGGGGGCUGGUAGAUACUGUUCGAUAUCUUUUUCUUGUUUCGUCCUGGUGAGGGCAAAAUAAAAUAUUAUUCUCUUCUUUAUUCCUUUCAAAAAUCUCACAGAUGAGUAAUUUUGCUAUUUUAUCUUCUCUGAAAGAUUAUUGGUGUAUUUCCUCUUCCAAGGAAGUUGGUUUUCCUGGUUUCGUGUUGCUUUGACAUUCGUAUAAUCUUUUUCUCAGUGGUACAUGCCAAAUUUACUGAUGAUUGGUGUGCGUUUAAUUUUGUAUUUUUGUAGUUUUUCUUUUGAAAUUAGAUAAGUUCUCUCUAGUUCACUUUUCCUUAACUUGAUUUAUAAUGGGCAGCAAGUUGGUGAAUCUAUUGCCAUGGAUGCUGAUGCAACAUCUGUGCUGCACAAGAGUGGUGUGGCACCGACAGAUGACAGCAGCAAGUACACGUGGAACCAGGUUGCGUAUCCCUGGAAGGAUAUUAAUUGUGGUUUUAAUUUCUUGAUAAAUCUGUUUUAAGACAUUCAUUUAUUUCAGUUAAUACUCCUCUUUUUCUCAAAUUUUUCUCUUUCUCGUUCAUUUAUCUUGUGUAAAAUUAAGAACAGUACCAAGGGACUAGUCAAAUAUUUUUUUUAUAAUAGAAAAAUACCAAAAAAGUUCCUCCUGUGGCAGAGAAUGUAGGUGACAUUACUGUCUUGUGCUUGUGUGGACAUUUAGCUGGCAUAACUACCCAAAAAAUCCAAGUGAUUUAUAUUGCAUCUUUUCCUUGAGACUUUGGUUUUAGGUUAUGAUGCUAUUCUGACUCGAGCUUCUUGUGAAUUUGUUUCGCUAUCCUGUUUAUUUGAUAAGCUGUGGGCAUAUGAACUAAGGUGGCAUCUUUCAAAACAACGUUGCAAUUCUUCAGUUCUAAGGUCUCCAGAUAUCUUGAACUUCUUAUGUGUGAUUUAUUCCUAAAGUAUGUGAGAGGGGAGACUCUUAAAGGGCCUUGUAUGAUAUCUGGUCGUCAGGGCAGGUCCUGCAUUAUAAAUGCUGCAAUAUAUGUCGCAGGACAUACCAAGUUUCUGGAAUUAUACAUAUUUUCUGUAAACAUUAUUGUUUAUCACAACAGUAAGCAUUAUCUACAAAUUGGGUGCAACCAAUUUGAAAAAUCUGACGUGGUGUAAUUAUGCUAUUUUUUUGUAUUUAUGUAGGAUAGUUGGUGCGUCUAUAAACAUGAAAAAUAUGAAAUAAAUUAUUUUGGAAAUUCGUAGGUAUAUAUCUGGGUGAUAUCUAAACCAUACAUUGUGAUUGCGUAUCUUAUGAAAUAGUAGUUGCAUGGUUCAAUUCGAAACAUAAACAAUGUCUCAUUUAGUUUAUAAAUUUUAUAAAAUAGAUACAUCGGAUUAUUUUGAAAAUUUCUUCAUUUUCUCGUUCCUGUUAGAUUUUCUUGCUUAAUCAUUAUUCGCCUGUCAGCUUGGAAAUUUAGUGAUAUUUUCUAAAUUUUUGCUAGGACCAUGAGAGUGUGAUUAAAGCAAUAUAUACUGGAGCCGAAUUUCAAGAAACUGUGUCGGCUGGUGCUGAUGUUGGUAUUGUGCUGGAGAGUACAAGCUUUUAUGCUGAACAAGGUGGUCAGGUACUUGGUUAACACUAUUAGUUCAGGAGUUCCCAUAAAAAAUUGAAAUAUUACUACUAUUAUCUUCGCGGAAAUGUUUCUAUGGACUUGCAUUAGUUCUGGUAGAAAGUAAAUUAGAAGAAAAGUUUCUUAGUACCAUUUUGUGUUUCAAUAAAAUGUGAACAAAAGGGUAGGAAGCGAGGAGAACAUGAUUGAUGUAGGAACCAUAAGAUGGGAAAACCUUGUUAUCCGGUGAUGCUUGGAUCAUUCUGCUGUAUACGGUAUUCCAAACCCCGUUCACAAUCUUGAAACAUCAGAAGAUGUGACUUGUAGGUUCUGCAAAUAUAAUUCUCAUGCUACAUUUUACAUACGAGCGUACAGAGCAUAUGUGAACUUGCAGGAUAGUCCAACAAUGCUUUGGCCCAUUCUGGGUUUGUGGAGAUUUGUCUUUGGAGCCCUCAGUUGGGAAAAUAUGCAAUUAUUUUUCUUAAAUUUGUGCCGGUACAAUUUUAUAAUUUGUUCUACCAUUUUGCUGUGUAGAUAUAUGACACUGGAUCUAUUGAAGGGGCAUUUGGAUCAUUUCGCGUCAAUAAUGUCCAAGUUUAUGGAGGUUUUGUUCUUCAUAUUGGUUCAUUUAAUGAGGAGAAUGGGGUACUGUCUGUUGGUGAUAAAGUAGCAUGCAAGGUAUUAUUGCUGCUCAUUGUUAAUUUAUCCUUAUCCUUCAGACUUUUGUCUUAAGUUGUUGCUUGCUAAUAAAUUAUAAGCAGGUUGACUAUGCGAGGCGUACAUUGAUCGCUCCUAAUCAUACUUGCACGCACAUGCUCAACUUUGCUCUGAGGGUAUGAAUUCGUAGUUAUCAUCAGCUCUUCAAUUUUUCGCCUUCUUUUUAACUUCUUGGUCGAUUGAAUGCAGGAAGUUCUUGGAGAUCAUGUCGAUCAGAAGGGUUCCAUUGUUCUUCCUGAAAAACUGAGAUUCGACUUCUCACAUGGUAUUAUCAGUUCCUUGACCUAAUUUUUUCGUGCUCAGGGCUUCUCGAAUUGUCUGACACCUUGAAAAUUUACAGGGAAACCUAUUCAACCUGAGGACCUGGGAAAGAUUGAGUCCAUUGUAAACCAGCAGAUUGAAGAUCAACUUGAUGUGUUUGCUACUGAGGCGAGCCUUGCCGCUGCAAAGAGUAUAUCUGGUUUAAGAGCUGUUUUUGGAGAAGUAAGGAGUUUUUACCGUGCUAUGAUUCUUCUUUACUAAAAAUUAUUGAACCAUUCGCUUAUGUUAAUAAGUUUCUUUGUUCAGGUUUAUCCUGAUCCAGUUAGGGUAGUAUCCAUUGGUCAGAAGGUGGAAGAUCUUCUACUAGACCCCGAAAAUGAAAAAUGGUUAUCGAUAUCUACAGAGUUUUGUGGAGGUAUUCAAUUUUUUAACCAUCUGUUCUUCAUGAUUCAUCAUGGGAAUACUCUUAUAAUUUGAAAUACUGUUUUUUUUAAACACAACCAGGUACUCAUCUUUCUAAUACCCGAGAAGCGAAGGCUUUUGCACUUUUAUCUGAGGAGGGAAUUGCCAAAGGUGUUAGAAGAAUAACAGCUGUUACCACCGAAUGUGCAAUCACCGCAAUAGAUUUGGCUCAUUCUUUUGACGGUGAAAUUGAUGACGCAUCCCAAACGGAUGGAGGUUCUCUGGAGAAGGUAAGUUCAUGGUUAAGCUCGUUGAACCUUGACCCAUCGAUGAGGGCAAUCCUGUCUGGUGGAAAUAGUUGAAUGCUAAAGAUCAUAUAAUCUUUCGGGUUUUGGGGCAUUAAGGAUUUUCUAUGUUGAAAUAACCCUGAAAUGUGCACUUAUUAAGACAAACUUGCAGUUUUACAGCGGCAUUGUUAAAUUUUUUUGUUGAUUACUAGAAGAAAAAUACUGUUUUCUGGACUUUAGCUAAACUGAUGACGAAAUCCACCACCUUGAAUAUGUUAAAAUGCUUAUCCGAUUCUCCACGUCACUGUAAGAAGCAGGGUGCUAGGGAUAGCUUCUGUAACUUUACGUCAUGAUCAUCUUAGUGGCACAAAAUUAUUUUCCAACAGAAUAUCUCAGGACUUGCACAGACUCGGAUACAACGUGUGACUUUUGUUUUUCCUUAUUUCUGUCAGACUCGUCUGAUUUCUCUAUUUUUUUUUUCAAUGUUUAUUUCUAAAAUGAGGGAACCCAUACAACGUCACACGCCAAUUUAAUGAAAGGAGAUGACGUCCUGCAUUGAUAUAUGAAUUCCACGCUGGGAACACAGUAUCAUGCCCUCUAACAGAACAUUGUAGUUCCCUAUUUUCCUUGCACAAUCUGCCCAUGACAUCUGGUGUCCUCUUAUAGUUUAGUACAUUGUUUGUGAUGAGUCUGUUCAAUGCAAGCGCUAGUCAAGCGGUCUGAUUUAGAAAAACCUGCAAGUAAAUUUAUGGCCAAUUAUCUGGUUUCCUUUUCCCUCUCUGUAGAAAGUCGCUUCCUUGAAGGGUAGGAUAGAAGCAGCCGCCAUACCUGCUUUUCGGAAAGCACAGCUAAAGGGGAGACUGUCCCAGCUACAGGUAUUUCUCCUCUGUCAACAGAUUCUUGUUCCAUUUUGAUCGCCCGUUUUCUUGGUAUACUCAAUUGAGGUAUCUGUUUCUUGAUUGGUUUUUCCUCAGGAUCAAAUCAUCGCAUCUCAAAAGAUGAUCGGGAAGCAGAAUAUCCAUAAAGCGAUUGAGGCAGCCACGCAGAUGGCGGAGGCUGCAGCAGCUGAAGGCAGAGGUUUCUGCGUGUUCAGAGUUGAUGUCGGGUUGGACACCAAUGCCAUACGCGAAGCAGUGCUUAAAGUCGUAGAACAAAAGGUUCAUCUACAUGAAUUUGUUCCUCUCUUCUCUUUGAUUGCCUCUUAUGGGAGUGGGAGUGGGAGUGGGGUCUCAAUGAGCCUGGUAAGAUUGUGAUCCCCAGCCUGAGUUUUUCUAGAUUUGGGUCUGAAAAUCAAAGUUCGAAAGGGACCCUUGGCCUCCUUUUUUCUUGUCAUGAGGGAGCUCAUUUCCCCCCCCUCUCUUUCUCUCUCCACGGUGGGUGUAUAGUUCAGUAUUGUCAGAAGCGAAGGGUGUCACAGACCUUUAGCCUAGAGCGAGCCCAUUUUCCGGGAAUCUCUCUGGCCCCAACCUGGGUCCAGCGCUUGCAAAAGAUGUCCGGGCUUGAUGGGGCCUAACCCGAACCAAUGGCCUCCCUAAUCCUUAUAUCUCUUAUCUGAUUAUUUCAUCAGCUUUUUCCUUUUUUUGAAACCUCUAUUUCUGUGUUCUUGUUGGGAGCUCAUUUCUAAGUGGGAUUUCAUACAGGGAAUCGCCGUCAUGAUCUUCAGCACGGAUGAAGCGUCGAGCAAGGCCGUCGUGUAUGCUGGGGUGCCUGACAAGAUCGCCAAGGACAAUGUGGCGGUGAAGUGGCUCAAGGCCGCCCUUGAGCCCCUCAAGGGGAAGGGAGGAGGGAAGGGUGGUCUUGCUCAGGGCCAGGUCAGUAGCAGGCCUCCAUCUCUCUAUGCUACGGCCACCUUUCUCUUCUGAAUCUCAGUCCCUGUUGACGCUACAAAUGGGAUUUUUGGUGGGCUUGCAGGGCACCGACACUACUUGUCUGGUCAAGGCCAUGGACAUCGCGACUGAAUUUGCCAAACUGCAGCUGUCCUGA